GCGGGAUGUUUUAACAAGGCGGGGUGUAUCAAAUUGACGGAGGAGAUAAGAAGACGAAAUUUGCAUUACUCGAGUUGAUGUCCUAUAAAGAGACAAAAUAAACACACACUGUGUUAACAGUUGUAGCAUUUAUGAAGCAAAAAUACGUGUUGUUUUUUAGUGUGAUACAUUAUUCAGGAAGUAAAUAUAUACUUUUUUAUUGUCUGCGGGGUUUAAAGAUCAAGUGAUCAGCAAUAAAUUAAAUGAUAUAAACAUUUGUAGCGAGUUAAAAAAAGUUCCGUUGGUUGGUCACGUGAUGGCUACGACAUCGGUUCCGAGGGACGGGGAUAAACAAGAAGAGGCAGGGUUGAACCAUUGGGGAGACAUUACUGUGGUCGUGGUCUAUUUCAUUCUCGUACUGGCUGUAGGGUUCUGGUCGUUAUGUCGGCCAAACAGAGGCAGUGUACGAAGUUACUUUUUGGCGGGAAGAAGCAUGGCAUGGUGGCCCGUUGGCGCAUCUCUGUUUUCAAGUAAUAUUGGAAGUGAACAUUUCGUUGGAUUGGCUGGAACGGGCGCUGCGAGCGGUAUAGCAAUCGUGCUGUAUGAAUGGAUGUCGAUGCCGUUGGUUUUGUUACUUGCUUGGCUUUUCCUACCAGUGUACAUAUCAGCUGGUGUUUUUACAUUACCGGAAUAUCUUCAGAAGAGGUUUGGUGGACAAAGGUUAAGAAUCUAUCUAAGUGUGUUGGCAAUCAUUCUUUAUGUCAUUACUAAACUCGCGGUGACCAUAUUUGCUGGGGCUUUAUUCAUCCAGUUAUCUCUUGGAUGGGACAUGUAUGUUUCUAUAGUGGCUUUGCUUGUUGUCACGGGCUUGUACACAGUUCUAGGUGGGUUAGCGGCUGUUAUAUACACAGACACGCUACAGACUGCAAUUAUGACCAUAGGGGCCUUUUCUCUUGUUGGAAUAAGUAUGAAUGAAGUAGGAGGGUACAACAGACUCGAAGUGUUGUACAUGGAGGCAACUCCCUCAAUACGCGAAGAGAACAGCACGUGCGGUGCCCCGCCCAGUGAUGCGUUCCAUCUACUACGUGAUCCGGUAACGUCAGAUCAACCUUGGCCCGGAUUGUUUCUACAGGCUUCACUCGGAUGCCUUUGGUACUGGUGCUGUGAUCAAGUAAUAGUUCAACGAACACUGGCGGCCAAAAACCUUGCACAUGCAAAAGGCGGAUCAAUUUUGGCUGGUUAUUUAAAAAUAGUUCCAUUAUUUAUCAUGAUUUGGCCUGGAAUGAUCAGUAGAGCCUUGUUCCCAGACGACGUAGGAUGUGUUGAUCCAAAGGAAUGUGAGAGAGCUUGUGGAAACCCCGUCGGAUGUUCAAAUAUUGCCUAUCCAAAACUUGUCCUGUCCCUCAUGCCAACAGGUUUACGUGGUUUGUUAAUGGCGGUGAUGUUAUCGGCCAUUAUGAGUUCACUUACGUCCAUUCUCAACUCGUCAAGUACUCUCUUCACCAUGGAUCUGUGGAGGCGAAUCCGGAAACACGCAACUGAAAGAGAACUUCUCAUAGUCGGCCGGGUAUUUAUAGCUGUUAUGUGCGGACUAAGUAUACUAUGGAUCCCACUGGUAAAGUCGUCACAGAGUGGUCAGUUGUUUGUCUAUAUACAGGCCGUACAGGGGUAUCUUGGCACGCCCAUUGGUGCUCUAUUCCUGUUUUCAAUCCUCUGGAAACGUAUGAACGAACAUGGAGCAUUUUGGGGCAUUCUGAUUGGUCACGUAUGCGGAAUAAUACGAAUGGUGUUAGAUUUUGUAUAUCCGGCGCCUGACUGCGGCGAAGCGGAAACACGUCCGCCUGUUGUGUACAAUGUUCAUUAUACAUACUUUUGUCAAAUGAACUUGGUUAUCACGUCAUUAUCAAUUGUGAUAAUAAGUCUGUUGACCAAACCCCUUCCCAAGGAAAAGCUCACCGGAAUGACAUGGUGGACACGUGCUCGAGCAGACGACAUUGAUGUAGAAGAAAUAACGUUGAAACCGAGAAUAAAUGGGGCAAUGGAACAAUCCGCAGCAGACGAGGAGGACACGGAAAGUGUCGGAACUUGCCGAAAAUGGACGGACUUUGUGUGCGGAAUUCCGAAAAAGGCCGAAGAGCAUAGUCUUGAAGAAGAAGCUGCACAGAAAAAAGUGUUUCUAAAAGAGAACAGAUUCUGGUCAAAUAUUUUAAAUAUAAAUGCCGGAAUUGGACUUGUUAUUGUUGCGUUCCUCAUCGGAUUUUUCAGAUAGGAAAAUUACAAAUGAUGACUAAAUGUAUAUAGUGCAUGUGAAAACUAUAAAUAGAUUUAAAGCUACAGACAUAUUUCCACAUAUACAUGUAAGCUUUCCAACGGACCAAUGCGUAAAGUGAUUGAAACGUUUCUUCCUCAGACAGCAUGGUUAUAAAAUUGGCAAACUUGUAUAUUACUAGUUAUAAAGAUUUUAUUGGUUAUAUAUGACCCUAUAUAAACGGUUGUUUCCAACAUAUAACCAUAGCUGCUGCAGUUUGUAACGUCGAUUUUCAUUGAAUAUUAUGAACAUGUAUAUGUAUCGUAUUAAGCUUAUAUGCUUUUAGAAAUCCAAACUGAUGCAACAUCUCCCUAAACUAAACACAUACACUAGUAAGCUAGGUACAAAAAGAUUAUAAUGUAGAAUCUACUACUCGACCAACUAAGUAUCAGUUUUCGGUUCUGGUUCUUUUUUCUUGCAUUCAAUGUGUUGUAAAGUUUUAAAUUGUAAAUGUGUAUACUUGCUUGAAAUAAACUGUUUACUAUAGACUGCAUUCGACCAAAAUAACUUUGUGUGUAAAGAACCUAAAGAACAUUAAAGUUACAUUAAAUAAAUAUGUAAAAAUAUUUUGCCGUCGGCCUAAAAAUCAAACAUUCUACAGUUUCAUUAACCUGUUUAAAAGUUUUGUUGUAAAUCUCAUCAAAUAUUGUUCAUAAAUUAGGAUUUUAACCGGGAAACCCCAC